UCAGUCUUUUCUUACAAAUCAAAUCUCUUCCCAACUAUGACACAGAGAGAGAGUAUAACACAGUAUACCUGUGAAGCAGAACAUUUUCCCCCUCUCUUCUCUCUCUCCUCUUUAUUUCACCCAAUUCUCUUCCUAUAAAAACAUCAUCUUUUUCUCCGAACAUCCACUCUGCCAUUUCUCAUAGCUUCAGGCAGCCAUUGGACAAUGGGUUCCUUGAGUUUUCCCAAAAAGAAUGCCUUUUUCCUUUUUCUUUGUGUUUUUCUUGCCCAGAUUAGCCUAUCCCUUUCUUCCAAGUUGUAUGUCGUCUACAUGGGAAGCAAAGGGAGCGGCGAGGACCCAGAAGGGAUUCUGAAGCAACACCACUACAUGCUAGCUUCUAUCCAUGGAGGAAGUGUUGAGGAAGCUAUGGCUUCUCAUGUGUACAGUUACAAGCAUGGUUUCAAUGGGUUUGCAGCCAGGUUGACAGAUGAACAGGCCUCUGAAAUUUCCAAAAUGCCUGGAGUGGUCUCGGUUUUUCCUAAUUCUAAGAGGAUGCUGCACACGACUCAUUCCUGGGAUUUCAUCGGGCUUAAUGGUGAAGAAACCAUGGAAAUUCCUGGGUUUUCUACCAAGAACCAAGUCAAUAUCGUAAUCGGGUUUAUUGAUACAGGGAUUUGGCCUGAAUCUCCAAGUUUUAGUGAUGCUGACAUGCCAGCAGUGCCAGCUGGAUGGAGGGGACAAUGCCAAACUGGAGAAGCCUUCAAUGCUUCAACAUGCAACAGGAAAAUAGUUGGCGCCAGAUAUUACACGGGUGGCUAUGAAGCUGAAGAAGAUUCUGGGAAGACGAUGACAUUCAAGUCUGCUAGGGACAGUUCUGGUCACGGCAGUCACACGGCUUCAACAGCAGCUGGCCGCUAUGUUGCAAAUAUGAAUUACAAAGGUUUGGCAUCUGGAGGGGCGAGAGGAGGUGCGCCUAUGGCCAGGAUAGCGGUCUACAAGACUUGUUGGAGUUCCGGUUGCUAUGAUGCAGAUUUGUUGGCAGCAUUUGAUGAUGCAAUCAGAGAUGGAGUUCAAGUGGUGUCCCUAUCUUUGGGUCCAGAUGCACCCCAGGGAGAUUAUUUUAGCGACGCCAUCUCUGUGGGGUCCUUCCACGCUGUAAGCCAUGGAAUAACUGUGGUUGCUUCGGUUGGGAAUCAAGGAACGGAAGGAUCAGCUACUAAUCUCGCUCCUUGGAUCAUUACAGUCGCUGCUAGCUCAACCGACAGAGAAUUUACAUCUGAUAUCGCGCUUGGAAAUGGUGUUCGACUCAUGGGUGAAAGUCUCAGCACGCUUGAAAUGACUUCAUUUGCAAGAAUCAUUCCCGCUUCCAAGGCUUUUAAUGGAUACUUCACGCCUUAUCAAUCCAGUUACUGCUUGGAGAGUUCUUUGAAUAGAACCAAGGCUGAAGGGAAGGUUCUCGUGUGUCGACAUGCUGGAAGCUCAACAGAGUCCAAGCUGGCAAAAAGUGAGGUGGUUAAAGAAGCUGGCGGAAUCGGGAUGGUUCUUAUAGAUGAUGCGGAUAAAGAUGUCGCCAUUCCCUUUGUCGUCCCUGCUGCAAUCGUUGGGAAGCAGACAGGAUACGAGAUCCUUUCUUACAUUAACAGAACAAGGUCCCCUCUGUCUAAGAUUCUGUCUGCUAAGACUGUAUUAGGAACCCGGCCUGCUCCACGUGUUGCUUCCUUUUCAGCAAAAGGCCCCAAUUCUUUGACUCCAGAAAUUUUGAAGCCUGAUAUUGCUGCACCUGGUUUGAAUAUCCUAGCAGCUUGGUCUCCAGCAAUUGCAGACAUGAAUUUUAAUGUACUUUCUGGAACUUCUAUGGCUUGCCCCCAUGUAACGGGGAUUGUAGCCUUGAUAAAAGCUGUGCAUCCAUCAUGGUCUCCAUCUGCGAUAAAAUCAGCAAUCAUGACAACGGCUACGGUUUUGAACAAGCAUCACAAACCCAUCUCUGCUGAUCCCGAUGGGAGAAGGGCCAAUGCGUUUGAUUUUGGUUCUGGUUUUGUUAACCCAGCAAGAGUCCUUGAUCCUGGUUUGGUCUACGAUGCACAGCCAGCAGAUUACAAAGCAUUCCUCUGCUCAAUUGGUUACAAUGAGAGAUCACUGCACUUGAUCACCGGAGACAACAGCACCUGUGAUCAGACACUUCAAUCACCAUCCGCCCUUAACUACCCAUCCAUUACAGUGCCAGCCCUCAUCCACAAGUUCUCGGUGACCAGAACUGUAACAAACGUGGGAGAGCCAAGAAGCUCAUACAAGGCAGUCGUGUUUCCUCCAAGAGGAAUCAAUGUGACUGUGGUGCCUAGACGACUCACCUUCAAGCAUUACGGUCAGAAGCUUAACUUCACCUUAAGUUUCAAGAUGGCUGCUCCAACACAAGGCUAUGUUUUUGGGUCAUUCUCAUGGAGAAGCAAGAAGAACUGGGUAAGAUCCCCUCUGGUUGUGAGAGUGGCAGGCUCCAGGACGGGUCUUCCGGUGUAAAACACCUGGAAAAAAGAUGAUUAAGGAUCAGAUCAUAGGAAGUAAUAGUGGAUCCAAUGUCAUUUAUUUGUUGCAGAAACCAGAAUUUAAGAAUACAUGUAAUUAUAUACAAUUUAUUCUUAAAUCUUAUUGUUUAAUGAUGUUUGGUUAAUGUAAAUCAAUGAAUUCUGGGUCUCUA